AUGAAGAGAAUCAGCGUCGACCAGAGCCCUCAAGAUGGCCUGAAUACCCAGGGUUCACCAGACAAAGAACACGAAGAUCAUGGAAAAUCAUAUCCAUCCAAGAAAGUCGUGCUUCCAGCUAUGGUGGCUAUAUAUCUGGCAGUCUUCCUUGUUGCAUUGGAUAGAACCAUCAUCGGUACAGCUGUACCUGCCAUCUCAAACCAGUUUGGUAGCUUCGGAGAUAUAGCUUGGUACGAGUCAGGCUUCCUCCUCCCACUCUGUGCGCUCCAGCUGUCAUUCGGACUUGUAUACACCUACUAUUCAUCCAAAUGGGUCUUGAUCAUCCUCGUCUUCAUCUUCGAAAUCGGCUCGAUAGUUUGUGCCGCCGCUCCGACGUCCCAUGCUCUCAUAGUCGGAAGAGUCAUACAGGGUAUCGGCGGAGCAGGCAUCGGGUCUGGAGCAAUCAUCCUCAUCAGUAUGCUUGUGUCUCUCCAAGCUCGACCUCAAUGGACUGGUGGCAUUGGUGCUGUCUUUGGGCUUGCAAGCAUACUUGGACCACUUCUGGGAGGCUAUCUUACCUCGAUUACCUGGCGUUGGUGCUUCUGGAUCAACGUGCCAAUUGGUUGUGUAUCGUUGGCAUGCCUUUUCUUCUUCACGCCUAACAGUCCGCCUGCUGUCAAGGCUGCUCCGACUUGGCGUGGAAAACUGAAUCAGCUGGAUCCAGUAGGCUUCCUACUCAUAGCACCUUCGGUCAUCUGCCUGCUAUUCGCUAUCGAAUGGGGUGGCUCAAAGUAUCCUUGGACUAGUGGUCGCGUCAUAGCCUUGUUCGUUGUCUUCGGCACCCUCCUCCUCGCAUUCAUCGCUUAUCAAGCCUGGCGCGGAGACAAAGCUAUCCUGCCCCCAAGGAUCCUUCGACAGCGCAGCAUCAUCUCUGCAUCUCUGGCGAAUGUGGGCAUUGGAUCCGUGCUCGUUUUGUAUGCCUUUUAUCUGCCCAUCUGGUUCCAGGUUGUCCAAGGGAAGUCGCCGCAGAAGUCUGGCUUGUCGUUGCUACCGCUUCUGCUCAGCAAUGUGCUUGCCGUAAUAACGACUGGUGUUGCAGCGAGCGUCGUCGGAUACUAUACGCCGUUUCUGAUUGUCGGAGGUGGCAUCCUUAUCGUGGGGUCGGCACUGCUUACGACAUGGUCCGUUGAUAUUGGCGCAGGCAUAUGGAUCGGAUACCAGAUCGUCACUGGCGUAGGACUAGGCGCAAGCCUGCAAGGCCCAAACAUUGCAGCUCAGACAGUCCUUGCAGACAGCGAUGUGGCUAUCGGAUUGUCUUUUCUGCAGUUCAUCAGUUUCUUCGCGGGCAGCACAAUCAUCACUGUCUCGCAGACACUGCUCGAGAGCGGUCUGGCCUCUGGACUGAAAAAGAUUCUCCCCAACCUGGACCCGAGUACUAUCUCAGGCGGAGGUGCAAGUACUAUUCGAGACAUGGUGUCUGCAGAUCAACUUCCGGGCGCGCUUAGAGUGUACAAUGACUCGCUCAGGUCAGUGUGGUACUUGGGCCUAGGGCUGUCGUGUCUUGUGUUUGUGGCAUCCUGGGGCUUUGAGUGGAGAAGUGUCAAGGCGAAGAAGGGCGACGACAAUGAUGCCAAAGCUUGA